AUGGACAUCAAGGAAUAUUUUGCCAGAAUUUCUUACCAGGGCUCCUAUGAUAAGCCAGACCUGGCUACCUUGACAGAGAUAUUCCAGCACCACAUCCGAGCGGUCCCUUUUGAAAACCUCAGCAUCCACUGUGGAGAAAGCAUUGAGCUGGACCUGGAAGCAACUUACAACAAGAUAGUGAGGAAGAAACGCGGGGGCUGGUGCAUGGAAAACAACCACCUCUUAUCUUGGGUCCUGAAAACCCUUGGCUACGAGAUCACCCUUCUGGGAUCAAAAGUUUAUGUCCCGGAGCACAACGCCUAUGCAGAGGAAAUCGAUCACCUACUGCUCAGAGUGGAGCUUUGUGACAAAUCCUACAUCGUGGACGGUGGGUUUGGGAUGGCCUACCAGAUGUGGCAGCCAAUGGAGCUGGUUUCAGGGACAGACCAGCCGCAGACUCCUGGGGUCUUUCGCUUCGUGGAGGAGAGCGGGGUCUGGUACCUCGAGAAGGUGAAAAGGAAGCAGCAGGUUCCCAACCAAAGCCUCUCCACUUCCCACAAUGUGGAUAGCGAAGUUUGCCGGCGGGUUUAUCUCUUCACCCUUGAGCCCCGAGACAUCAAGGAGUUCAGAGCCUGCAAUGCCCACCUGCAGACCGCGCCGGACUCGCUGUUUGUGACCAAGUCUAUCUGCAGCCUGCAGACAUCUGAUGGUGUCCGGGCUCUGGUGGGGUGGAAACUCACCGAGAUAACAUACAAUUAUAAGGAUAAUAUGGAUCUGGUGGAAAUCAGAAUCCUUGCAGAUGAAGAAAUGGAGAAAACACUGAAAGAGAAAUUCACUAUAACACUAGACAAGAAAUUUGUACCUGUCAAUACAAGCAGAUUGUCUCUGUUUUAA